AUGAAGAGUUCGUAUUUACGGAGCCUCGCUCUCCUAGCCGGCGUGACCAAUGCCUUGGAAUCCCAACAACCCCUGGGAGAGCAACCAACAACCAAGCUCGACCAGAUAAUAACCUCCUCGCCACUCCUCUCAUUCCACAGAGACAUCGUACAAAUCCCAUCUAUCAGCGGAAACGAAAAAGCCGUCGGAGAAUUCAUCAUCAACUUCCUAACCGCACACAACCUAACAGUCGAAAAACAAAUCGUCACUCCCGGAACCGAAACAGAAAAUGAAAGAUUCAAUAUCUACGCCUACGUGGGGGGCAACCGCUUGCCAGAUGUCCUAUUGACCAGCCACAUCGACACAGUCCCCCCAUUCAUCGAGUACUCUCUUCACGCGCCUGCGUCAGCCUUUACGCGAGAGGACCUCACCAUCGCCGGACGCGGCACGGUAGACGCAAAAGCAAGCGUGGCAUCAAUAGUGUUUGCAGCACUAGAAACGCUCCAAGAAAAUCGCACUGCAUCGCUCGGGCUCUUAUUCGAUGUCGGCGAAGAGAAGUCCGGCGUAGGAAUGAAACAUUUCUCGGAUUCAGAGCUUAAUCCCGAUCCAGCAACCUAUCGGGCGAUCAUCUUCGGAGAGCCGACGGAGUUGAGCCUCGUUGCUGGACAUAAGGGGACUCUUGGCUUUAAGAUUGUGUCUAGAGGCAAGGCUGCGCACUCUGGGUAUCCUGAGCUGGGCAAGAGUGCUAUUUCGGCGAUUUUGCCUGUGCUGCAGUAUCUUGACGGUUUGCAAGAUCUGGAACCUGACGAGGGCGGGCUUCUUCGGAGUGAGAUGUUUAAUCGUUCGACGUUGAAUAUUGGUGUCGUUAGUGGCGGGCAGGCGGCGAAUGUGGUUCCGGCGUAUGCUGAGGCGGCCGUUUCUGUUCGGCUUGCGGCUGGGACGCCGGAUGAUACUCGGGAGAUUAUUCAGAGAGCUGUGGAUUCGGUAAGUGGAGGCGAUGGUGGUGUUGUUGUUGACUUUGGAGAUAGGGCGGUGGGUGCACCGCCUCAGUAUCUUGAUGCUGACGUUGAUGGGUUUGAUGUUAUUACUGUGAACUAUGGGACUGAUGUUCCGUCUUUGAAGAUUCAUAAUGGGGCUACCAAGGUGAAGAGGUAUUUGUAUGGACCUGGAACUAUUCAUGUUGCUCAUGGGGAUGAUGAGGCUAUUACUGUCCGUGAGCUGGAACAAGCUGUGCAGGGGUAUAAACGACUGAUUUCUGCGGCUUUGUAG